GUUCAGUUUUCGAAUAGGACUAAUUGCAUUGUGAAAUGGAUGCACAUUAAUUAUACAGGUUCUGAGGAAUCUGAGGGAAUAAAUAAAUUAAAAAAUAUAUCAGUCCACCUAAAACAAAGUAUGGUAAGGCACUAUUAACUUUUGUGGUUUUCUGGAGUUUGUGGUUUUAUAACAAGCACUAAAGCAUUUUUUCAUUUCAUUUCAGUUCACGCUGCAGCAUACUGACAAGUGUUUUACCGUGAAGCGGAACCAAAGCACUACCUGCAACCAUAAUGAGUGUUUGAGCAGGUUCCUGAAAUGUUGGUGUGGAUUUAUAGAAACGAUGAUAUGACCUGCCUGGUUUUUACUGCAAAUGAUUUGGAUCAGUGUUUUACCUGCUCUUGUGACCUUGGCUUUAAAACCAGAUUCAGCUCAUGAAGGGUCUGGUCAUUAGCUAUUGGCUGAGUUGUUGUGUGUUAAUGCAGUGAAAACACUAAACUGUGGACUGUAGGUUCCUGGGAUUACGGACUACAAAUUAAUGUCUUUAUUUAUUCUAAUUUUAUACUUUGUGAUAUAAACAUGAAUUUUAACCUUGGCUCUUUUGACUAAUAACUGUAAAAGUUGUUGUGUUUUUUUUUAUUUUAUUUUUUUUUACAUUUCAUACUUUCAUUGUUUAUUUUAUUUUUUUUUAACUUUAUUUCAGUGAUUUUGUUGAUUUGUUAUUUUAUUUUUAAGAAAUAAACUUACAUAUAAAACGUGCACAUAUGUUGUUCCCAGCAACUUUUUCCCCACCAAACAUUUUAAAUACUUCAGUAAAAAAACAAACUUAUAAUAACUUUUAUUAUUAUUAUUAUUAUUAUUAUUAUUAUUAUUAUUGUAGAAAUUGCCUUUGAAAAAAAUGAUAAGAAGAAGAAAAGAAAAGAAACAUCCUACUGAUGCUUGUCAGAAGGAACUGAUUUUGUGGAUCUGAAAAAUACUUUAAUUUAAAAAAAAAAACUAACAAACUAAGAAUAACUUUUUAGCAAUUAUCUUUAAAAAAAAGAGAGAUCACAUCCUACUGAUGCUUGUCAGAAGGAACUGACUUUGUGGAACUGAAAAAUACUUUAAUUAAAAAACUAACAAACUUAAAAUAACGUUUUAGCAAUUAGCUUUAAGAAACAUCCUACUGAUGCUUGUCAGAAGGAACUGACUUUGUGGAAGUGAAGCGCAACCCGGAACCUUUUUAGUGUAACUCCCCGCAUCAACACCGCUCGUUUAGGCAGUAGGAGCAGUGUGAUAUUUUAGACAUGUUUUAACUGAAUGCGUUGUAAAUACUUUAAGCCAGGGUUUAGACAUACACAAACAAGAUGUCCGUGGUGGGGAAGAAAGGAAGCUCGAUUUUCUCUGGAUUUAGAGCACUCGGGCUUUACUCCAGCCAUCUUCCACACGUGGUCCGUUUCCACAAGAAACACCGGGAAUUUUAUGUGGUGACAGCUGUUGGCCAGUGUUUCCACACCUACAAUGUAAAGAAACUUGGAAUUGUUGCUGUCAGCAAUGCCCUUCCUGAAGACAUCGCCUAUCUCGCUGCUGACCGAAUGCUCGUGUACGCUGCACAUGGGAAAGUCAUUUCAGCUUUCGCAAAGAACACUGAGGUCGUUCACACUUACGAAGGCCACCAAGCUGAUGUCCAUCUACUGCUUCCGUUUGGAGACCAUUUGAUAUCAGUGGACAAGCAAAAUGCCGUCAUUAUCUGGGAUGUGGAGUCAGAAGAUGUAUACUUACAGAUUUCAUUUGACAAAUCCACUUUUGAAGUUCGGGCUGUUAUGCACCCGAGCACCUACCUGAAUAAAAUCCUGUUUGGAAGCAGUCAGGGGAGUCUUCAGUUAUGGAACGUCAAAUCAAACAAACUUUUGUUCACGUUUCCUGGUUGGGGAUCGGUAGUGACCGUUCUUCAGCAGACUCCAGCGGUGGAUGUGGUUGGUGUGGGCUUGGCUUCGGGGCAGAUCGUCAUCCACAACAUCAAAUUUAAUGAAACUCUGAUGAAGUUUCAGCAAGAUUGGGGUCCAAUCACCGCCAUAUCCUUCAGAACAGAUGGGCAUUCAGUGAUGGCUGCUGGGAGCCCUGUUGGACACAUAGGAUUAUGGGAUUUGGAAGCGAAGAAGCUGAUUGGUCAGAUGAGAGACGCACACACCACGUCGAUAGCUGGCCUCACCUUCCUGCACGGUGAACCCCUGCUCCUCACGAAUGGAGCUGAUAACGCCAUCCGGGUUUGGAUUUUCGACGUAGCGGGAGGUGAAGGACGUCUGCUGAGAUUUCGUAUGGGUCACAGUGCCCCGCCCACCAAGAUCAAACACUACGACCAGAGUGGACAAAACAUCCUCAGCGCCAGCCAAGAUGGCUCACUGCAGUCUUUUUCUACUGUUCAUGAAAGGUUCAACAAGAGUCUGGGACAUGGGUCUUUUACCAAGAAGAAAGCCAAAAAGAAGGGGGUGAUGUACGACACGGCGAAGCUUCCACCCAUCACCACUUUUGCAUCAGAAACGGCACGUCAGAGUGACUGGGACGGCAUUGUGGCUUGCCACCAAGGUUUUGUCCUGACCACAACUUGGAAUUAUCAGAAAGGCUCUAUGGGGGCUCACAGGCUGGAACCGGAGCAUUUCAACAAGAACCGUGCUCUCAACGUUCAUGCCACGGCUGUAGACGUCACUUCUUGCGGGAACUUUGCUGUGAUCGCGCUGUCUUCGGGACACAUAGACGUCUAUAACAUGCAGUCAGGACUCCACAGAGGACAGUAUGGACAAGACCGAGCGCAUUCGGGGCCGGUUCGAGGCGUCUCGGUCGACGCGCUGAACCAGCUGACGGUCAGCGCCGGAGCCGAUCGUCUGCUGAAGGUGUGGAAGUUCAAAUCGAAAGAACUGAUCAACACACACAGCCUGCAUGCGGCGCCGGCUUCCACACUCUUACACAGAGACAGUGGGAUGCUGGCCGUUGCUUUCGAUGACUUCACGAUCAGUAUCUUCGACAUGGAGAUGAAGCGUAUUGUACGCCACUUCUCUGGCCAGCGUGGGCAGAUUAAUGAUAUGACUUUCAGCCCCGAUGGACGAUGGUUGAUAACAGCCUCCAUGGACUGUACCAUCAGGACUUGGGACCUUCCAUCUGGCAGUUUGGUCGACUGUUUCCUGGUAGACACGGCGGCCGUGAGUCUCAGCUUGUCUCCUACGGGGAACGUCCUCGCCUCUGCCCAUGUGGACAGUCUGGGUAUUUACCUGUGGUCCAACACCACAUUGUGUAGUUUGGUGUCAUUGCGCCCUCUACCUGCAGACUACGAGCCUACAGUGGUCAUGCUGCCUGGCACCUGCCCAAGCAAAGAUGACGAAGAGGAGGUAUUGGAAGCCGAGAGCUCGGAAAUGGACGAGUACAUGUCUCCCGUGCAGCUGGAUGAACAGCUGGUCACACUCUCUUUGCUGCCGGAUUCACGCUGGAAGAAUCUUCUCCAUCUGGACAUUAUUAAGAAAAGAAACAAGCCAAAAGAACCCCCUAAAGUGCCCAAAGCAGCCCCCUUUUUCAUCCCCACUAUUCCGGGACUCGUACCUCAGUUCGCCCUUCCUGAUACGUCAUCGGAAAAACAGUCCAAGGUGUUCAACAUUGGAGUUCUGGCCCAAAAGUCCAAUUUCUACCUCCAGCUUGAAGAAGCGCUGGACAGCAAUCUUUACGAGGCAGCGGUGAGGCAUCUGAAGGAGUUGGGCCCUUCUGCUAUUGACACGGAACUGCGAGGCUUGGCACCGGACAUGGGUGGAGACGUUAGCGUCAUGCAGAGCUUCCUCAGGAUGAUCAGCAGCAUGCUGAAGCUGAAGCAAGACUUCGACCUGGCUCAGGCCUAUCUAGCGCUCUUUCUGAAGCUUCACCUGCGGUUAAUUGCAGAGCAGCCUGUCCUCAUGCAGGAGACGGAGAACGUGCUCGACCUGCUAGAGGGGACUUGGACCUCCGUACAGACGCUCCUCAACAAGAACAUGUGUCUCCUGUCGUACAUCAAGAGUGCUCUGCUGUAGAGACCUGCUUCCUCCGCUGCCUUCGAAUAGAUUCUUUUGUUUUGUUUUUUUACUUUUUAAAAGUGCUAGUAAUAAUAUUACUUGUGCAGUUGUUGUCGUAUUACAUUUGCCUUGUAUGACUACAAAUGCUAAAAUAUAUUGUAUAAAAAAGUCUUGGUGGUUUGGAAUUGUUUCUGCGAUGAAACUGAAGUAGAGAGAAUUCAUUGACACAUCCUUAUGUAGCGAGCUAGUCUGCUACAACAGCAGGGAGUACUCCGAUUAGCUAAUGCUACCUCUCCAGCUGUAGCUCUCCGACUUCACUAGCAAGCUAGUUAACAUUAAGAUAUUAUAUUACCGAGGAUACUACAACGCUAACAAACAGCCGGUUAACCUUUAUUGUGUAAUCCAGAAGCCAGGAGAUGAUGAUUAACUAACUAACAUCAGGCUAGCUUGUGUAAUCCAGGGGCCAAAGUGAUUAGCCAUGUGCAAGCUAGUUAAGAUGCUAUAUUGUAUAAACCAGCAGACAAUGACACUAGCAAGCUAACUAAGAUUAGAUUAACCUACAGGUGCAUCUCAAAAAAUUUUA